UUUUUGAUUACGGCAACAUUGUAUCGAAUUUUUUCUCUCUUGUUCGUUCUCCCUCCAAUAAACGGUCACGUUUCUCCGUAGCUCCUGGAUUUUUAUUUUUACCAGCCUAAAUCUACAGUCCGCUAUAAUUCACAGUUUACAUUUUUAUUCAUGGUCCUUUCUCGAUCAGUAAAUAUCCGCGAGUUAAUUGUAGGAGUGGUGUGCAGUAUACAAUUUCAAAUCCACGUCGCGUGCCUAUGAACGACGGCGCGGGAAGACGCCAUCACAGCCACCGGAGUGACGGCAGUGUUCAACAAUCAAUAUUGUUGAUCAAUUUGCGGAAGGAGCGAGCAAGGGCAGCUUACAGGCAAGCUUGUUGCCAUACAACAGGCAAGCAGGAAGUUUUUUCCAUACCUACAUUGCAAAUUUUACUUUGUAUUUGCCACAAUUUUAUUUGGCGGCAAUUCCACGUUCAAUUCAUAUCCUGUGCGACGACACGUUCGCCUCAUUGAUUGGUGCGAUCAAGUUGCCAACUUUCGACACGACAAGCAAUUGGCGCUGUUGUACCGGCGUGCACGCGUGUCAUUGGUCCGAUGCGCCGUGCCAAACACGACGAGUCUACGACAACAGUGAACAACGCCCGCCAUUUUGUGUCAUCAGCAAGUCAAAGCUUUGAUAUUGUGUUUACAUUUCGAAAAUAAAUAAAAUUUGUUCCGCUUUUGUGAUUUAGAUCAGUGCAAAUUUACUACUUACGUGCAAAAAAGUGUUUUCACCGUCUCAACCUCGUCUCAACUAAAAAACAACCAUGCCAAAAGAUAACUUCGAGCCCGCGGUUGCCGAGACCUAUGACUUGGCUACUCUUCGACGUAAACGCGCGGCUGUUAAGGGUGUGAUCACUAAAAUGCAUAACGCCCUAACUGAUCCAAGUACUUCUGAAUUAUUGGAUGAACAUGCCUUGCGCGUCAGGGAGGAACGCCUGCGAGCUUCAUUUUCUAAGUGGGAGGAUUUAUGCCUCGAGAUUAUUGCGAGGGACCCCGAUGACCCUGAGGAUGAAGUUGAAAAGAAGCGAGCUUUAGCGCUUGAAAAUGUGGAACGAGAUAAAGUGUCAUCGGCUCCAAAAGCUGUCCACAUAGCUACUGUGAAGAAGUUACAGCCUGCCAGCACUGAAAAGAAGAGCUGUUUACUUUGUGUUGCUGCCGCCUGAGUCACAAUACAACCAUGCAGGGCAUGCGGCUUCAUCUCCAUUACUUAAUACAAAAUUUGGUCAUGUAGUUGCAGGUAGCAUACACUUAGACAAUAUUAAUUUAAGACACACACAAGCGGUUAAUUCCUUAUUUUGUGAAGCAUGUACUUCUAGUUUAAAUCAAACACUAUCGGAAUUUUGGCAAUGUGAAAAGGUUCCUGAAACAUUUACAGAAACACAUUCUGAACAUGAAUUGUGUGAAAAAAUAUUUUUAGAAAAUAUUCAGCUUGACAGACAAAACAAUAAAUUGCAAGUUGUUUUGCCUUUAAAACAGCCUUUAGAUUCUAUUAAUCAAUCUUUAGGAGAUUCAUUACAUUUGGCUUUGAAAAGAUUUUAUAAUUUAGAAGUUAGACUUGGUAAAGACCCUAGUCUUUAUAAACUAUAUUCAGAUUUUAUUAAUGAAUAUUUAAAACAAGGUCAUGGUACGGUCAUUGAUAUCAGUCAAUACAAUUUAACAACUGAUCCAGUGUACUUCUUACCGCACCAUCCUGUUAUUAAUUUACAAAAGAAAACGACAAAAUGUCGAGUUGUUAUGGAUGGUUCUAUGAAAACCAGUAAUAAGACUUCUUUAAACAAUUUAUUGCUUAAUGGACCUGUAGUACAAAAGGAACUUGUUGAUGUUUUGUUACUAUUCAGAAUAGAUUUUUAUUUCUUCAUAACAGACAUAAAGAACAUGUUUCGCAACAUAUUGUUACAUCCAAAAUACAGGUCUUUGCAAAAUAUUCUAUGGAGAGAUAAUCCCAAUGAUAGUGUUCAAUGCAUUCAACUAAACACUGUCACAUAUGGGUUGAAAAGUUCAUCUUACUUAGCAACUAGGUGUUUAAAAUGGUUAGCUGAGCUAUACAAGGAUGACUUCCCAUUGGCUGCAUUCAUAAUUAAUAAUUGCACAUAUGUCGAUGACAUUCUAUUUUCUAAUUGUUCCUCGGAUAACUUGAUAGAGGCCCGAGAGCAACUAUGUAAAUUGUUGAGUCUAGGCAGUUUUCAGUUACAUAAGUGGGUGUCUAACUCAAAAGAAUUAUUACAGGACAUCCCACAAGAUAGACAACAUUUUGAUGAGAUAGAUUUACAAGCAAACAACCAUUCAUUAAAGACUUUAGGCAUGUGUUACAAUACUCAGUCAGAUUCUUUUAUAGUGUCAAGUCCUAAAGCUACGGGUAAUAUGCCCCAGUCUAAACGUGAGAUUCUUAGUUUUAUUAGCCAGUUUUUUGAUCCCUUAGGCCUUGCUGGCCCCAUUGUGGUAGGUGCUAAAGUGAUUAUGCAACGUCUGUGGAAGGCUAAAUUAGACUGGGAUUCGUUACCUGAUAAGGAGUUGCUACAAGCAUGGCAUGAGUUUUACACUAGCUUAAUUUCUAUGAAACCAUUAAUCAUAGAGCGUUACAUAAGUUUGCAUAAUAUUAGCUUUGCCGAAAUUAUUGGGUUUGCCGAUGCUUCCAGCACCACUGCUUAUGGCUGUUGUGUAUAUUUAAGAUGUGUUGAUGAGGCAGCUAAUGUUAAGAUUUCCUUGUUAUGCUCGAAAUCUCGUAUAAAUCCUACUUCACAAAGUUUAUCUAUACCAAGACUGGAGCUUAACGCUGCCUUGCUGCUCGCUAAGUUAGUGAGCAGAAUCCAUGAAACAAUAUCAGUAAAAAUAAAAAUACAAAAUGUGUUCCUUUAUUCAGAUUCACAAAUUGUUUUAGCUUGGCUUAAAACUAACAUAAAUACAUUAAAAGCGUAUGUAGCAAAUCGUGUUAAAGCUAUUAUGCAACUUACACAAACACACACUUGGUCAUAUGUUAGCUCGCAGGAGAAUCCAGCUGAUUGUCUUAGCAGAGGUGUGACACCUCACGAGCUAGCUGAUCACCCCCUCUGGUGGAGGGGACCAAAAUUUUUACAUUCAAGUGAGUAUAAACCAAAUUUUAAUUUUUCAAUACCACAAGAAUUACCUGAGGUCAAGGACUCUUCCGCAUGCUUGAGCGCUAUGGUUUGUGUUUCUACUUCUAUUGUUUCUAAAACAUUAUGUCUGGAUUUUCUAGAUAAAUUUUCGGAUAUUAAUAAGAUGCAAAGAGUGAUAGCUUAUGUCCUACGCUUCUGUCAAAAUGCAAGGUCCAAAGGUAUUAAAAAUAAGCUUAAUUAUGUAACCAGUCAGGAACUUAAUAAUUCUUUGUUAAUUAUUUUAAUGUAUGAACAACAAAAGUUUCUGAAGGAUGAUAUCCAUGCUUUAAGGUGUGGUAAGGCCAUUGUUAAAGGCAAUUUAAAAUCUCUUUGUCCUUUUAUUGAUGACAGUGGUUUGCUGCGGGUUGGAGGGCGCUUGCAUAAUGCUGAUAUACCAUAUUCGCAGAAGCAUCCAAUUAUUUUGCCGCGAGAUUCGCGCGUCACUAACCUAAUAAUUCAUAGCGAGCACUUGAGGAACCUCCAUGCAGGCCCUAAGUUGACUCUGUCAUCACUAAGGCAAAGAUUCUGGAUAAUACAUGGUCUUAGAGAAGUUAAGAAAGUUUUGUACACGUGUACCAUUUGUUUUAGAUUAAAAGCAGAAGCUUCUAAGCAAUUAAUGGGCUCUUUGCCGCCUGAUAGGGUGAAAGCAUGUCGCGCCUUUCAAAAAGUCGGUUUGGAUUAUACUGGUGCAAUAUCAUUGAAAAUUGCUAGAGUAAGAAAGCCAAUAAUCACAAAGGGUUAUGUUUGCGUGUUUGUAUGCUUUGUAACCAAAGCAAUGCACUUAGAGCUUGCUUCAGACUUAAAAACAGAGACUUUCAUUGCAUGUUUAAACAGGUUUAUUGCCAGAAGAGGGCUGCCUACUGCCAUAUACAGCGACAAUGCUUCAACCUUCAGGUGUGCAGGGAAGCAGUUAGAUGAUAUGUACAAAUUACAUAAUUCUACAGAACAUCAAAGAUUAGUUUCUCAAUUUGCAGCUCAAAAGAGAAUUGAAUUUCAUUACUUACCUUGUUAUUCCCCAACGUUUGCCGGUUUAGCCGAAAGCGGUGUGAAAAGUUGUAAGAAUUUGUUAAAAAGAGUGUUAUUAAAGUCAAUUUUAACCUAUGAAGAAUUGUAUACAGUUUUAUGCCAAAUUGAGGCUAUCUUAAAUAGUAGGCCUCUAAUGCCACUAUCUAAUGAUGUAACUGACUUUUCCUGCAUUACUCCAGGGCAUUUUUUGAUAGGUACAGCUUUAAAUACAUACCCAGAUGCAAAUGUUACUAUGAUUACUAGAUCUCAAUUUUGGAAAAUAUGUAAUGAGAUGAAAUUAGAAUUCUGGAAAAGAUGGAGUAAGCAUUAUUUGAAUUUUUUACAAUGUCGUCCAAAGUGGCUGACCUCUCAACCAAAUGUAAAAAUAGGUUCGCUUGUAAUACUUAAGGAUGAUAAUUUAUCACCAAUGUACUGGCCCUUAGCCAGAGUAAUUAAUACCUAUCCUGGUGAUGAUGGUAGGGUUCGUGUGGUUGAAGUAAAAACUUCAAACGGCCACAUACAUAGAAGAGCUGUAGUGAAAAUAUGUGUACUACCGCUUGAUAGUGAUGAUGGCAGCAGCUGUGCCUAGAGGUGUUCCUUACCAAUCCCAAGAUAUGUGUUUACUAUCGUAGGGCUAGGCACAGCACCCGCCUUUAUGUACAAUUUUGUAUAAGUAUUAAUAGUAAAUAACUCUUUUCUUAUUUUAGUAGAAUAAGCUACUGGUAAUAGUGUUUUAUAUAGCAAACAUAACAAUGUAAGUUUCUCAACAAAAAAAUGUUUACAUAGUUUUUAAGACAUUUAAUGUUUUCAAUAUGUUAUGUCAAUACCGUUCCUAUUUAUUUAGAUAUCAGUUAAGUGUCUGAUUAAAACCUGUACUCAAUAAUUUGGUUAAAUUUACAAUUCAUAGUGUAUGCGUACAUACUACUUACAGAAAGUUAAAUUUUAUUCUAUGUACUAAGGUUUAAUGUCAUUCUAUAAAGUGUAAUAUUUAUAGUUUGAAAAUAUUCUUAUUGUAUCUUUUGUUUGCCCCGGCAAUAUGUUGGAACACCAACAUUAAAAAGUUUGUUUUUUAUAUUUAAUUUUUUGAUUACGGCAACAUUGUAUCGAAUUUUUUCUCUCUUGUUCGUUCUCCCUCCAAUAAACGGUCACGUUUCUCCGUAGCUCCUGGAUUUUUAUUUUUACCAGCCUAAAUCUACAGUCCGCUAUAAUUCACAGUUUACAUUUUUAUUCAUGGUCCUUUCUCGAUCAGUAAAUAUCCGCGAGUUAAUUGUAGGAGUGGUGUGCAGUAUACAAUUUCAAAUCCACGUCGCGUGCCUAUGAACGACGGCGCGGGAAGACGCCAUCACAGCCACCGGAGUGACGGCAGUGUUCAACAAUCAAUAUUGUUGAUCAAUUUGCGGAAGGAGCGAGCAAGGGCAGCUUACAGGCAAGCUUGUUGCCAUACAACAGGCAAGCAGGAAGUUUUUUCCAUACCUACAUUGCAAAUUUUACUUUGUAUUUGCCACAAUUUUAUUUGGCGGCAAUUCCACGUUCAAUUCAUAUCCUGUGCGACGACACGUUCGCCUCAUUGAUUGGUGCGAUCAAGUUGCCAACUUUCGACACGACAAGCAAUUGGCGCUGUUGUACCGGCGUGCACGCGUGUCAUUGGUCCGAUGCGCCGUGCCAAACACGACGAGUCUACGACAACAGUGAACAACGCCCGCCAUUUUGUGUCAUCAGCAAGUCAAAGCUUUGAUAUUGUGUUUACAUUUCGAAAAUAAAUAAAAUUUGUUCCGCUUUUGUGAUUUAGAUCAGUGCAAAUUUACUACUUACGUGCAAAAAAGUGUUUUCACCGUCUCAACCUCGUCUCAACUAAAAAACAACCAUGCCAAAAGAUAACUUCGAGCCCGCGGUUGCCGAGACCUAUGACUUGGCUACUCUUCGACGUAAACGCGCGGCUGUUAAGGGUGUGAUCACUAAAAUGCAUAACGCCCUAACUGAUCCAAGUACUUCUGAAUUAUUGGAUGAACAUGCCUUGCGCGUCAGGGAGGAACGCCUGCGAGCUUCAUUUUCUAAGUGGGAGGAUUUAUGCCUCGAGAUUAUUGCGAGGGACCCCGAUGACCCUGAGGAUGAAGUUGAAAAGAAGCGAGCUUUAGCGCUUGAGAAUGUGGAACGAGAUAAAGUGUCAUCGGCUCCAAAAGCUGUCCACAUAGCUACUGUGAAGAAGUUACAGCCUGCCAGCACUGAAAAGAAGAGCUGUUUACUUUGUGUUGCUGCCGCCUGAGUCACAAUACAACCAUGCAGGGCAUGCGGCUUCAUCUCCAUUACUUAAUACAAAAUUUGGUCAUGUAGUUGCAGGUAGCAUACACUUAGACAAUAUUAAUUUAAGACACACACAAGCGGUUAAUUCCUUAUUUUGUGAAGCAUGUACUUCUAGUUUAAAUCAAACACUAUCGGAAUUUUGGCAAUGUGAAAAGGUUCCUGAAACAUUUACAGAAACACAUUCUGAACAUGAAUUGUGUGAAAAAAUAUUUUUAGAAAAUAUUCAGCUUGACAGACAAAACAAUAAAUUGCAAGUUGUUUUGCCUUUAAAACAGCCUUUAGAUUCUAUUAAUCAAUCUUUAGGAGAUUCAUUACAUUUGGCUUUGAAAAGAUUUUAUAAUUUAGAAGUUAGACUUGGUAAAGACCCUAGUCUUUAUAAACUAUAUUCAGAUUUUAUUAAUGAAUAUUUAAAACAAGGUCAUGGUACGGUCAUUGAUAUCAGUCAAUACAAUUUAACAACUGAUCCAGUGUACUUCUUACCGCACCAUCCUGUUAUUAAUUUACAAAAGAAAACGACAAAAUGUCGAGUUGUUAUGGAUGGUUCUAUGAAAACCAGUAAUAAGACUUCUUUAAACAAUUUAUUGCUUAAUGGACCUGUAGUACAAAAGGAACUUGUUGAUGUUUUGUUACUAUUCAGAAUAGAUUUUUAUUUCUUCAUAACAGACAUAAAGAACAUGUUUCGCAACAUAUUGUUACAUCCAAAAUACAGGUCUUUGCAAAAUAUUCUAUGGAGAGAUAAUCCCAAUGAUAGUGUUCAAUGCAUUCAACUAAACACUGUCACAUAUGGGUUGAAAAGUUCAUCUUACUUAGCUACUAGGUGUUUAAAAUGGUUAGCUGAGCUAUACAAGGAUGACUUCCCAUUGGCUGCAUUCAUAAUUAAUAAUUGCACAUAUGUCGAUGACAUUCUAUUUUCUAAUUGUUCCUCGGAUAACUUGAUAGAGGCCCGAGAGCAACUAUGUAAAUUGUUGAGUCUAGGCAGUUUUCAGUUACAUAAGUGGGUGUCUAACUCAAAAGAAUUAUUACAGGACAUCCCACAAGAUAGACAACAUUUUGAUGAGAUAGAUUUACAAGCAAACAACCAUUCAUUAAAGACUUUAGGCAUGUGUUACAAUACUCAGUCAGAUUCUUUUAUAGUGUCAAGUCCUAAAGCUACGGGUAAUAUGCCCCAGUCUAAACGUGAGAUUCUUAGUUUUAUUAGCCAGUUUUUUGAUCCCUUAGGCCUUGCUGGGCCCAUUGUGGUAGGUGCUAAAGUGAUUAUGCAACGUCUGUGGAAGGCUAAAUUAGACUGGGAUUCGUUACCUGAUAAGGAGUUGCUACAAGCAUGGCAUGAGUUUUACACUAGCUUAAUUUCUAUGAAACCAUUAAUCAUAGAGCGUUACAUAAGUUUGCAUAAUAUUAGCUUUGCCGAAAUUAUUGGGUUUGCCGAUGCUUCCAGCAUCACUGCUUAUGGCUGUUGUGUAUAUUUAAGAUGUGUUGAUGAGGCAGCUAAUGUUAAGAUUUCCUUGUUAUGCUCGAAAUCUCGUAUAAAUCCUACUUCACAAAGUUUAUCUAUACCAAGACUGGAGCUUAACGCUGCCUUGCUGCUCGCUAAGUUAGUGAGCAGAAUCCAUGAAACAAUAUCAGUAAAAAUAAAAAUACAAAAUGUGUUCCUUUAUUCAGAUUCACAAAUUGUUUUAGCUUGGCUUAAAACUAACAUAAAUACAUUAAAAGCGUAUGUAGCAAAUCGUGUUAAAGCUAUUAUGCAACUUACACAAACACACACUUGGUCAUAUGUUAGCUCGCAGGAGAAUCCAGCUGAUUGUCUUAGCAGAGGUGUGACACCUCACGAGCUAGCUGAUCACCCCCUCUGGUGGAGGGGACCAAAAUUUUUACAUUCAAGUGAGUAUAAACCAAAUUUUAAUUUUUCAAUACCACAAGAAUUACCUGAGGUCAAGGACUCUUCCGCAUGCUUGAGCGCUAUGGUUUGUGUUUCUACUUCUAUUGUUUCUAAAACAUUAUGUCUGGAUUUUCUAGAUAAAUUUUCGGAUAUUAAUAAGAUGCAAAGAGUGAUAGCUUAUGUCCUACGCUUCUGUCAAAAUGCAAGGUCCAAGGGUAUUAAAAAUAAGCUUAAUUAUGUAACCAGUCAGGAACUUAACAAUUCUUUGUUAAUUAUUUUAAUGUAUGAACAACAAAAGUUUCUGAAGGAUGAUAUCCAUGCUUUAAGGUGUGGUAAGGCCAUUGUUAAAGGCAAUUUAAAAUCUCUUUGUCCUUUUAUUGAUGACAGUGGUUUGCUGCGGGUUGGAGGGCGCUUGCAUAAUGCUGAUAUACCAUAUUCGCAGAAGCAUCCAAUUAUUUUGCCGCGAGAUUCGCGCGUCACUAACCUAAUAAUUCAUAGCGAGCACUUGAGGAACCUCCAUGCAGGCCCUAAGUUGACUCUGUCAUCACUAAGGCAAAGAUUCUGGAUAAUACAUGGUCUUAGAGAAGUUAAGAAAGUUUUGUACAGGUGUACCAUUUGUUUUAGAUUAAAAGCAGAAGCUUCUAAGCAAUUAAUGGGCUCUUUGCCGCCUGAUAGGGUGAAAGCA